AUGUCGAGCUUCAUCGCAGUGUGUGUCACCUUCGCGGGGUUGGCGCUCAUCAUCGUCAACGUCGCCAUCUUCUUGCAGAUGCUGCUAUCUUUCCCAGCCAUGCUGAGCAGCAACUCGCAGGCCUACGUCCAGCAGCAGAGGAAGUUGCACCACAUCCCGUCGUCCCCGGAGGACAUGAACGCAAGCUACGGAGCACCACUACACGUCGAGGUUGUAGAUGUGGAUGCUGAAGACGAGCAGGAGUGGGAGACGACGGGCAGGUGGGCGGACGACGUUGAGGAGGACCAGGCCGAUGACUGCAGCUCCGAGGCCUUUGUCACGCCCAGGACGGUUCCAGCCACAGUGAGAAGAUCCGACUCGAUGACCCGCGGCCGGCCCCUGAGGAGGCAGCGCCGGAGGUACAUCGCGAGGACGGUUCUCCGCGUCAAGGACAUCGGGCGCGUGCGCGACAGCGACUACGAGAGCGAGUUCUCCGAGACAGAGCUGCGAGCAAGAGGAGGAGGUGCGAGGAGCAGGAGCUGUGCUGGUCGGGCAGGACGCGACUGCAGGGGAGGGUGGAGGGGUAUGGACUGGACGAGAUGA